AUGUCUAGGAAACUAGAGGAGAGAUUGCCCGGUCAUUUUGCGGGUAACACCCAGCAGAACCCUAAUGCUCAUGCAAAAGCCAUUACCACUCGUAGUGGCAAAACCGUAGGGAACCCGAGAGUUGAGCAGAGAGUAGUAGAGGAAGAUGAGGAGAUUGUAGACGAAGAGAUCGAGAUGGAGGCUCCCGGCAAAGUGCAAUCGAGGCUAAGCCCAGCAAGUACCCCACAGCCCGGUGAAUCUCAAGGUGAGAAGAAAGUAGAGAAACCACCCGUAGAUGUUAGACCUUCUCCACUCAUAGACCAUUCGCGUGUCCCGUUUCCUACACGUCUUAGGAAUCAAAAAUACUCAAAGGAAUACGGGCAAUUCUUAGAUAUCUUCAAGCAAUUGAAGAUUAAUCUUCCUUUCAUCGAGGCACUCCAGUCCAUGCCAAAAUACGCGAAAUUUUUAAAGGACCUUCUUAGGAACAAGGAGAAGUUAGGGGAGUUGUCGAAUGUCCCAUUGAAUGGAGGGUGCUCAGCCGUUGUUCUAAAUAAGCUUCUGGAAAAGCUUACCGAUCCCGGUAUUUUUACUAUUCCAUGUCUUUUCGGUAGUAACACUAAUACUAGAGCCUUAGCCGACCUAGGAGCUAGCAUCAAUUUGAUACCCUUUUCUCUUUAUGAGAAGCUAGACCUAGGCGAGCUUUCACCUACCCGUUUGACAUUAUCCUUAGCCGAUCGGUCCGUGAAAUACCCGAGGGGUAUAGUUGAGAAUUUGCUUGUUAAGGUCGACAAAUUUGAGUUUCCCGCCGACUUCGUCAUUCUCGAUAUGGAAGCGGAUGAGAGAGUUCCUAUCAUACUUGUUCGUCCAUUCUUGCGUACUGCUAAAGCACUCAUAGAUGUUUAUGAUGGUAAGAUUACACUUAGGGUCGGUGAGGAGAGAGUCACCUUUGAGAUAGAUCGUUCCAUGAACCACCCGAGUGGUUCCGAUGACUAUAGUGUUCUUUGCCAUUCUGAUCGGAGUGUCGCGCUCCGCCGACUGCUUCGGGCCAAUGAGGGGUUGGAUCCGAUGGCCCCUACGGAUGAGGAAGGUUGGGGUAAUCGGUCCACCCCGAAUGCUCAGCAUAUGGGAGACCGGCUUGGUAAUCUCUUUGAUGGCGCUCUUGGUCAUGGAGCACCUUGA